AUGAGCGUUGGGAAUGCAGGUCGAGGCAGUCUUUUUAAUGAAGCUAUGAAUGCGGUGCAAAACCAGGGUGGACAUCUUUGCAAUGGUGCGGAACAUGGAUUGGGGCUUUUGGGAUGCGGGAUCUGGCAAUGGGGGCAUCAUUCCAGUCAAGUGGUACAUACUGUUACGACGACAAUAUUUACGCAGUCUGUUUCGAGGACUGCUGCUUCUGCCUCGGGUCCUGUAACCUCUCUGCUUUCUUCUGGACGGGUUUCGAGUACAUCCAGAGCAAUACCAUCUGCUUCGUCGAUCUCAUCCCUAUUCUCGUCCACAAUUGCCAGUAUACCUCGUCCUGCUCAAUCAACUUCAAUAUUGUCCAAGUCCGGAUCUGCAACACUUUCAGAAGCUUCAAUUACAUCACUACGGCCAACAACAUCCACCUCAAUACCAGCAAGACCUACGUCAAACUCCCUCGAAACUUUCCUCUCAUCACUCUUGAUUCCACUCUCCUCUACCGAGUCAGCAAAAGGCCUCAGCAAAACCUCACUCAUUACUUCGCAACUCUCCAAUAGCCCAACAACUCGCGAAUCCGCCGCUCCCACCAUCUCAUCAACGCCAAGUUCAGCUUCCUUGGCCUUCGUAACCGCCCUCUCAAUCACAGCUCCCUACCCCAGUACCCUCGCGCCCUUCUUCCCCUCCCAAACCUCCCCCUCCGCGGAUACCAACCCCCUCGCAGCCGUCCUCCCCCAAGGCCUCGGCCCCGAAUCCGCCUCCGGCCAACAAGCCUCCCGCGAAGGCGGCAUCAUAGCCGGCCUCCUCCUCGGCGUCCUCGUCCUCGCCUCCCUCGUCGUAGCAUUCAUCUACACGCGCUAUCGCCGCUCCCGCGAACACCGCCGCUCCAUCGGCAGCUCCAGCCUCAACGGCGACUACUCCGACGACCGCGCGCCCAUCCUCGGCUUCCAGCGCAAAGCGAGCAGCAGCGGAACCCUCACCGGCUCCCUGCGAACGAAGAAUAAAAGUUAUUCCCGCACGGCGUCGAGAAGAGAUACAGCGCCCCCGGCGACGUCGACAAUGGGGUACGGGAUGAGCGGAGCGCUGGAAAGCUAUCCGUACCCGAGCGACUACGAACGCCCCGUCACGCUGCCGGCGCCGCCAGCCGCGUUCGCGCCCCUGAGGGCCAAUCGCUCGAGUUCGGUGUACAGCGGCUCGAUCCUGAACGCGUUGUCGGACGGCGGUGGGGGAGCCACGCCUACGACCCCGGCGCGGAAUCCGAGGAGAGGCGUGUCGCUUAAUUUUGGGCUUGAGGGUAAGGAUGAGGUGAAGAGGGAGUCGUGGAGGGGUAGAGGUAGAGGGGAGGAUGGGGAUCAGUGGCCAAGAACAAUCGAGGAUUUUAAAAGGACGAGGAAUCUGGGGAAUAGUAUGCGCAGGGGCAGACCGGUCAGCGAGGGCGAGAAGACGGUUUAUACUGUUGUGGCGCCGGAUUUUGGAGAUGAGAAGGAAGAAAAAGAGGUCGAGGUCAAGGUUUAUCGCGAGGGGUGGGGGGAGAGUAAUCCGUUCGCGGAUAAGGAGACGGGGAUCGUGAAGAUUGGAUUAAGGAGUGAUAGCGGGUAUGGCGGGAGCGAGAAAAGGGAAAGUGAGAAGGGGUAUGGAUAUGGAUAUGGAUAUGGAGGGUGGAAGGACGAGGUUGUCGUUGAUGCGGUGAGUGUUUUCAGCGAGGAGGAGGAAAGGUAUGAGGAGAUGCGGAGGGGGUAUAAGGGGCGGAUUCGGUUUGGGAUGGGGGUCCAGAGGCGGUUGACGGCCGAGUCGAGGUUUAGGGAUGAGAUGGUAUGA